AUGAGACGUCACGCUCUUCUGGCCUGUGGCUCUGUAGCUCUUGCCCAGCAAGUCUACAUCCCCGCUCAAGGACCCGUCGCACGCCCACAAUGCCCUGCCAACAAUACCUAUGCAACUGCGCUUCCUACCUAUACCUUUCGGGAAUUCAGCUUCACCCAGACCGAAACCGUCCGUACAGCAACCUCGAUCCCCGCACCCACGACCACGACUACUUAUGCGCCACCCUAUCCAUCGCUUAGCAGCUUAGUGCCUGAUCUGACAACAACGCAAUGGGGUAACUGGUAUCCUGCAUCCAAUGCCACGGUCACUGCAGCUCCCACCGACUCCGCCAAUCCAUAUGGAAAUGCGUCUUGGUCGGCUCUUUGGAACACCGUUCCCUGGGUCAACUUCACCCGAGGCAUCUACUCUACCACCGUCGCCCCAACCCCCAUCCCCACCAGCGAGCUUCUCCUCCCUCCUCCCGAGCCGCUGCUUCCUCAGCAAUGCUACGAUUUCCCGGCCGACUUUAUGCUCGGGGUCGCCGCAUCAGCCGUCCAAAUUGAAGGCGCCAUUGCCGAUGAAGGGCGAACGCCAGCUCACAAUGACGUCGGUAGCAUAGUUAGACCUGGCCCGGCCAACAACUGGCAGGCCAUCGAAAACUACUAUCUCUACAAGCAAGAUAUCGAGCGUAUUGCGGCCAUGGGCGUAAAGUACUACCGAUUCUCCAUCCCAUGGACACGCAUCCUUCCUUUUGUACUCCCCGGUACACCAGUCAACGCUCAAGGUCUCGCGCAUUACGACGAGCUCAUCAACUUCGUUCUGGACAAGGGAAUGCUUCCCGCCAUUGUCCUGUACCACAACGACAGCCCUUUGCAAUUCUUUUCCAACAUCAGCGACAUUUUCAUUACUCCGGGUACAGGUGGUAUUGGUUACCUGAACUCGUGCUUCCAAUGUAGCUACAAGAAUGUUACCUGGGAAGAUGCCUUUGUGAACUACGGAAAGAUUGUCAUGACGCACUUUGCCGACCGCGUGCCCAUCUGGUGGUCUUACAACGAGCCUCUCCUUGGCCUCAAAAAUGGAAAGUCGGCUGACUCCGUCAUCAAAUCCCACGCAAGACUCUACCACUUCUACAAGGAGGAAAUCGGCGGAAAGGGCAAAAUGUCAAUCACCCUCAACGACAACUUUGGUGUUCCACGCAAUCCAAAAGACCCCGCUGAUGUCGACGCUGCCAAUCACUUCAACGAAUUCCAACUGGGCACCUUUGCCAACCCAAUUUUCCUCGGAAAAGACUACCCAGAAGCCUUUAAAAGCAGUAUAGCCGAUUACGUACCGUUGACUGAGGAAGAUCUGCGAUACAUCAAUGGCACCGCCGACUUCUUCUCUAUCCAGCCCUAUACCGCCACCAUUAGUCAGACCACGACUACCGGCUGGAACUUUGGAUACCGGAGUCAGUCGUACGUCUACCUCACGCCCAGCUACUUCCGCACCUACCUCAACUACCUCUGGAACACAUGGCGCACGCCCGUCGCUGUGACUGAAUUCGGAUUCCCUGUGUUUGCCGAAGCGCAGAAAACGCAAGCAGACCAGGAGUUUGACAGCCCCCGAAGCUGGUACUACCAAACCUAUCUCAACGAAGGGCUCAAGGCCAUCUGGGAAGACGGCGUCAAGUUCAUCGGUGCUUUUGCAUGGUCUUGGGCCGACAACUGGGAAUUCGGCGACUACGACCAGCACUUUGGCAUUCAGACGGUUAAUCGCACAACCAUGGUACGCAGAUACAAGAAGAGUUUCUUCGACUAUGUCGACUUUGUUGAGAGCAGGAGGCAGAAGGCGUAG